GAAGAUUCAUCUGUGGAAACUCCAACAACAAAUUCAGUUCGUCGUUCGACUAUGAAAAUAAUAAAUAAAAAACCACCUAAUGCAAUUACAAUGGCGAAACAAGCACGCGAACUUGAGAAUCAAUACUUCGUUAAAAAGAAACGUUUCGUGUUGCUUAAAACUCAACUUAUGCAAAAACAAAAAACCACACAAGAUUUAUAUCAAGAUAUAAUACAAUUACGUGAUAAAAUGAUAUUAAAUGGUGCAAAGGAUCCUGGAAAAUUGGAAGAAUUGAAAAUCAUUGAAAUCGAUUCGUCCAGAAUUCAAACAAUUUUACCAAAAAUUCAAAAACAUUCCAUUAUGAUCGUAACGAUGGAAAAUAAUAUAAACGAUAUUACUGAUGAAUCGAAAAAAGAUAUUAAUGAUUUUAAUAGGGAAAUAAUAAUGCGUAUUGAAUCUUAUCGUAAAGACAAUACUGCGUUGAAGUCGCAAUUGGAAGAAAUAAAAACAAUUCAAUUAGAUAUGAUGAAAGAAUUGAUGAAAAAUAUUCAGGAUUUUUACAACGAAUAUGAAAAUUGUCGUACACGUAUGAAAGAAUUAUCCAAAACUUUGGACGAGUAUAAAGAUAUACGUGAUAAAUUGACUAUUAUUACCGAAGAAUUACAAAUUGAACGUAAUAAACAUAAUUUAACGAAAGAACGUCGUACACAAAAUGAAAUACAAUUGCAAAGAUCGCGCGGCAAAAUUCGUGAUCUUGAAAAUAAAAUAACAAAUGACGAAAGUAAAAUACAACAAUUACAAAUGCAAAAUAAAUCAUUGGAAAAUCAAAUUAAAACGAAGGAACAAAUUAUGGAACAACGUUUGAAGGAUAUGCAAAAGACAAUAAGGAACAGCGAAGGAUUGGUUACGAAAAUGGAAAAACAACGGGACAGUUUUGAAGCACGGCUGAUGGAAUUGAAGGAAACUAUGAACUGUAAGGAAUUAGCUGCUGAAAAUGCCAUGAAAAACAUGAAAGACCAAUUGGGUGCCAUGAUCGUCGAAAUCAAUCUGGAAAAAGAAAAAAGGCAAACAGUGGAAAAAGAAUUGACCGUAAUGCAGGAACGUUACAAAGAACUUGAAGUAACGAGUCAAGAAAUGUGCAAACUCUUGGAACAGAAUAAAAGUUUUGCGAUAACAGACGGCAGUCAUACGGAAAACGAGCUUCGUUUGUUCAACGAUUUAAAACUUGCACGAGAGGAACUUGAAGAACAGAGAGUAACUAUAAUGAAAUUACAACAGGAGAAGGAAGAAAUAACUUCGGUGAUGCAUCAAGCGGCUAAUAACGCCGAGGACGAAUCUAACAAUAAAUUAAUAGCAGAACUUAUGAUCAAGUCUAAAGAAAUUCGUGAAGUUACGAUGAAACGUAAUCAUUUGCAACAAAUUAACGAAAAUCUUCAAAAACGUAAUAAAGCAUUGGAGGAACAAAUUCAAGAGAUACAAAAUCGUUUGCAAGUACAAAUGAAAGAGGGUGGUAAAACUGCGGUUAACGUUCUUGUUAUUGAACUUCAACAACAGAUAUCCGAUCUUCGUAAUAGUUUAGCAGAUGCAACAUCACAUACUGCCGAGUUAGAGACAGCACUUACGCAAAAGCAACUUGAGCUUGAACAACGUGAUCGUAUAAUGAGAGAACAAAGUAAAUUUCUCAAAGUUAGGGACGAGUUGUUGAGUCUUAUAAAAGGAAAAAAUAAUCAAAUUGAUAAAGAUCAUUCUAAUGACGACGAUGACGAACAUCAUAAAGAUAUUGAUGAAAUAAACAAACAAAUAAUCGCUAAAACAGAAGCCAUACAAGAAUUGUACGCAACAUUAGAAAACAAACAGAUGCAGAUAUUACGUUUGGAAAAAAUAGUUAAACAAAUGGAAGAUCAUCAGGAUCAUGCGCAGGCACAGAGAACACGUUUGGAGAAUCGUAUAGCUCAAUUGGAACUGGCAUUACAGGAAAAAAACAGAGAUCAUCGGAGUAGAGGGUUUGGCAUCCUGUAAGAAACAUUCUUGUCAUCGCCAUUUACUACUAGCACUGUAAAAUUAUAAUAUUUUUUAGAAGAAUUUUAAAUACAUAUCUCGUUUUUGAUAUCGUUUAAAAAAAAAAAAAAAACCAUUGUACGCAAUUGUAUGAAUUUUUGUUUGUUAAUUGAUAGUAAGUCCACUGAUGAUAUAUCUUUUUGUUUAUCUACAGAAUAAUUAAUUUACAUAG